CGGAGAGCGGAGCAGCGCAGGCAGCCCCGAUGCUGCGAGCCAAGGGGGGAACUGCAGACACGCUGCAAAGCCAAACUCAAAGCGGCGCUCACAGGCUCCUGAGGGGAGAGGAGGCGGGAGAGGCCGGCAGCUGGGGGAUUACACUGGAGGGACUCGAUCAGGGAAGCAAGGAGGAAAUGUGAAUGGGAAGAACGAGCUCUAGGAUCCCAGCUCUAAAGACAAGGGUCCUCAAGGAGGGAGCUGCAAAGGGGAAGUCACUGCCACGGAGGAGAAGAAAAAAGGAGCCUGCCGCGAGCUCAGCCUCGAGGAGGCGAAACCUCCGCCGGCUGGGGGAAGCUUUGCAAAGGAGAGAAGAUCAAAGAGUUUGCAGAACAAAGAGCGGGUCAUCCUCGUUUGCAAAGCCGGGGGAGCGAGCCCAGCCUCCCCCCGCAUGAGAGGCAAGCGGGAGCCCUGCAAGGGACCAGAGGGGAGAGGUUUGCAGCAGAGGUAGCCUGGGACAUGCAGCAUCCGGGUGGAGAGAAGCGACUGGCUGAGCCCAAGAGGUGGAAACAUUUGGAGGGAAACAGAGGAAAGUUUUGUAUUGUCAGAAGCCGCCGCCUCCAGUUUGGGGCUGGGGGGGCCGCGGCCGCAGCGCGAGCCCGAGCGCGUGGAGCCGUCUGAUGCUGCGCCACUUUGAUCUGCGAGGAGGGACUUUAUUUGUCCCGAUGCACAAGGAGCAUUUUCCCAGCUAAAGAAAAAAAGGGGGAGCCUCUGCCUUGGGAUAAACGAGCACCGGGCUCUGGAACUGCCUGAGGAAAAUCACCAGCCCAAGUGACUCAGAGGGGUGGGGGGAAGAGGAGGGAAAGAAAUCAGAUUGCAAAAAGGAUUAGAAAAGGGGGUGGGGGAGGUGAAGCCCUCUCCUUUCUUCUUUCCCCCUGCAAAUCUUUUCAGAGUUAUCCUUCAGCAUCAGUGGCCCAGGCACUGGAGCCCAGGAAGGGCAGCUAAAUCCAAACGUGAUCAGCAAACUGCAAGAGAGAUCAGAGGGCCAGACACCCCCCCGCCAGAGGAGAGUCCCCGGGAAGCCAGGGCUCAGGGCACUGUCAGUAAUCUUUCUCCCACACUCUGAGCAGCUCUGGGCUCUGCCAGGGACAUAACAAUACAGGAGCAGAAGGCUGGAAAGAGGAUUGCAGUUUUCAUCUGCACUUUUUGAUCCUCCCUCUCCUAUUCCUUCAGGGACUGAUUUUGUAAUAUUAGCAGGCUGGAUUAGUGGGGGGGGGAGGCUGGCUGCUUGCCUUGUGGAGAGGUGGGUUAGUGGGGAGGGCGGAGGAAGAGAUGUCUGGGAUCAGAGGGAAAGUUGUGCUUAUCCUAGGCUUCGUCUUUCUGACAACUCUUCUGGCGGUGGUGAGAGGGCUUCCCCUGAGGAAACAACGCACCAGCAGCCCCAGGGAGCGAGGUCACAAGCUGAUGGAGGUCUCCACUUCGUCUGACACCCGUUUGACUCAGGAAGAGGAGAUGCCACAGUCCAACAAGGUUCGGAGCCUGAGGCGAAGCGGGCAGGCUGGGCCUCGCCGGCACAAACGCCGAUGGUCGUCCCAACGGGCUGUGAGGAACCAGCCAGUGCCGCUCUGGCCUGGCGGCGCUAGCAAGGAGGAGAGCACACCCUUCGUGCUGGACUUACAGAACCUGCCAGGGUUGGCCAACGUUGACCUGAGUGCCCAGAACCCAAACAUACAGGUAACCAUCGAGGUGGUGGAUGAUCCCCAGGCUGAGAUAGAGAUGGAUUUGCUGAAGGAGACCAGCAAUGACUGGUCCCUGACCUCCUCCGAGUGGUUGUCGCACAAGGACCUUUUCUGGCCCCUCUUCUGGGAGUACACGGAUCCCACUGAGGAAGAGGAGGAGGAUGAGGAAGACAGCCUGGACAGAGGGGAGGAGGAGGAAGAUUAUACAGCAGAGUAUGAGGAAGAGGAGGAGACAGUGCUGAGUGGAGUGGGAGGCGACUGGGACCAGAGGUGGCCGAGUCAGAAGAACUGGAUCUUCAAGGAAAAAUAUAAUUAUGACUAUGAAGAUGAAGAGGAGUGGAGCUCUUGGUCCCCCUGCAGUGUGACCUGUGGUAGCGGGAACCAGAAGAGAACCCGGUCCUGUGGCUACGCCUGCACAGCCACUGAGUCAAGAACCUGCGACCUGCAUCGCUGCCCUGGAGCAGAUGGGGAGAUGGUCUUCACCACUGAUGAGACGCCAUUUGAGGGUGAGAACACCACGGAGAUGUUCAACUCAGAUGUGGACAGCUGUGAGAAAUGGCUAAACUGCAAGAGCGACUUCCUCACCAAGUAUCUGAGCAAGGUGCUGACGGAUUUGCCCAGCUGCCCCUGCUCUUACCCAUUGGAGGCUGUUUACAGUGCUGUGAAUCUGCGGGACGAGCGCCAGGGCAAGAACUUCCGCUGGCGGGAUGCCAGCGGGCCCAAGGAGCGAUUGGACAUCUACAAGCCUACAGCCCGCUUCUGCCUGCGGUCCAUGCUCUCCUUGGACAGCACCACGCUGGCCGCCCAGCACUGCUGCUACGACGAGCACACAAAGCUCAUCACCCGAGGCAAGGGGGCCGGCGCCCCCAACCUCAUCAGCACGGAGUUCUCCCCGGAGCUGCACUACAAGGUGGACAUGCUGCCUUGGAUUCUGUGCAAGGGGGACUGGAGCCGGUACCAUGCUGUUCGGCCCCCCAACAAUGGGCAGCAGUGCGCUGAUAACCCCACUGAGGAGGAGUACCUCUCCCAGCUGCAGGAGGCCAAGGAGUACUAGCAGAGCUCGGCCGAGUGAUGGGGGAGCAGGAUGUGGCAGGUCCACCACGUAACACCCCAGGAGCACCAGGGGGCCUGUCUCUCUCUCCACCGCAAUGAGGGCACGCAGGCCACAGAGGCUCUGGAGUCGUCCCCUGCUUGUCACUCCCUUGGAAACAAGCAGUCCGGGGGAGAGGCGGAGCCCUUGGCCCUACACGCAAGUUCCCUGUCGGUGCCAACCACAGGGAUUGGUUUUAAAUCUGUCUUUUCACAGAGGCAUCCCAGUUCCUUUCCAGUUUCCAAGGGGCCCAGGUGAUCCUUGCUGCAUGAUUGGCCCCAGGGGUGCUGUUCUCACCCCAGCUACUUCUCUGUGGAUAGCACAGGAUCCAUGCGGGUGACAGCUAGAGGCAAUGGAAGGCAACGGCCUCUGAGGGUGGGGGUGUAUAAAGGGAAAGAGUGCAGCUCCUGUUACUUUUCUAUGAAGUGUUAAUUGCAAUCUCACAAGGAGCUCAGGGGCUUAUGGUGAAACGUUCUUGGCUUCUAUUUGCUUCAUGUUGCAGCUGUGCUGGUGGAGUUUAAUACACCACCAAGACUUGCUGUUAAGGCAAAGAGUUAGCAGCUUUGUCAGAGACAUCCAACCAGGCAACUGUAUAAACGCCUGCCUCAGCAGGUGCUGGGUCUCCUCUAAAACCUGGGGAUGGAUCCUCCCAGGAGAGUGCUCCUAGUGAUGAGUAUGGGGUGGGGUCUCCCCUGGAUCUUACAUUUCAGACUUGGCAAGAAAGAGACUGGGAAAGACCCACAUGGUGUUCCCUGGGCUCUUGUGGCUGGGGGAUGGGGUAGUGAUGCGAAAACAUGCCCUCUUCACAGAGUUAUUAAGAAUAAUAAGGCACACCUGCUGCCAGGGCCAGGGGCAAAUAGGGACAAACAAGAUCUGAUCUCCACCCAGAGGGGAAGGAAAAGGAAAUGAUCCAAUAUCUGUGUUUAACACCCUGUCCUCACUUCAAAGGGAAUGGGAUGGGGGGAUUGGUAGAAGUCACAUCAGCAGCCCAUAUGUACACCUGGCUCUCCCUGGCAGGCCAGUGUUGCAGUGUUGAGGAGUGUCCUUUCAUAAGAUAGAUCAGCAGUUCCCACCCACUCUCUUCCCACAGCCUUUCCCUGGCUUUGCAGAGUGAGGGAGGCAGCCCUGCUGUUUGUGUCCUCACAACGAUGUGCAGAAAGCACCCAAGUCAGAGGAAUCUCUCUGCAAUCCCAGACUCUGCCAGGGUGACCAGCUGUGACCAGGGCUUUUUCCCCUGGGACUGGCCAGUGGUUUUGACACUGUAAGACCACGUGGGGACGGGAGCUAGACUCCCGCAUGUGGAUGCUUGCACCAUUGCUGGGUUUUGCCCUUUGAGAGGCUGUGGCCAUAGCUAAUGCAUCUCCAUUGUGCCCCCCGCCACCACUAGGGGAGAGCGAGUGUGAUGGAUUAGGCCACUCCCUGCAGCUUGGCAUCCGGUUAGAAAGAGCAGAUUGGCGUCUGCUCUGUUUGUCUCUGGGCACCUUCAAAGGCAGGUCCCCUCUUCCUCUCUCUCCACUGUCCCCAGUAUUCUACUAGUCCAGUCCCCUGCAUUCCUGCCUGCCCAGCCAUCUCCCUAGCUUUAUCCCUCUUGUCUAGUAGCAAUAGGGAGUGGAGAGUGUCUGGAAGAGCAGCAGCUGCUGAGUGGGAGGCGCUGGUGUCCUGAAUAGUCACUCCCCUCCCUUGCCCUCAGCAUGUCUUCAUUUCCAGGCUCUUGGGGUAUGGUCAUUGACUCCAAUCCAAGGCUCCCAUCCUACUGGGGUGAGAAGCAACACAGGACCUAGCCAAAGGUGCAUGCUUCAUCCUCCUGUCACCUCGAUUAAGAACUCCCCGACCAGGGCCCACAAGUCUCUCAUGGACCUGUCUGCUGCUGGGGAUGUUCUCUUGUGGCUGAAGCCCAUCCUGGGGCCAGUUCCUGUGGAUUAUUUGAGGGAGCUGAGACCCCAAUUAGCACGGGAGCCCCAUUGUGAUGAGCACACUGCAGACGUAUAUCCAGACCUGCCCCAGAGAACUUACAGUCUACACUGACAAGUGACACAUAAAAGGUGGGACGAGAGCUAGAGACAAAAAGACAUUAAUGGUAGAUAAACUAAGGGCCAGCUAUAUUCCCCCUGUCCUUUAAACCAUCACUUGUUGGCUGGACUAUUAUCAACUUUGUGACAGAAAUGGGUCGUAAGAAAGUGAGGGCAGUGGUCGAUGGAUCAGUUCUGGGAGAGCAUUCUAUGUGUAAGGGCCAGCAUCUUGGAGACAUUUGUAUGUGAAGCAGAUGAAUGGGCAGGUGAGGUUGUCAAUCACUGGUGGAAGGAGAAGCAUGUAAUCCCUUGUCAUUUACCAGUCUCUCUUAUUGCCUCUUGCACAUCAGAUGCCAUUGGCCCACUUCAGAGGACUCUUGAUCUAAUGUAAUUGGAGGAAUCUCUUUAGCGUCAGUACACAGUCUAUAUGCUUCUUUCAAAAAUGUCCUUUUAAACCUUGCUACCUUUCAAAAAGGUACACACCCUCCUAGGCGGGGUCUUCGCAUACAUCUCUUCUGAGAUGAGGGCUUCAGGAUGUUAUUCAGCUUCUUCCCUAGGCUAAGAUGCCACUGAGUAAGUGACCUCCUUAUAGUAAGGUCCGUUGCAUGUUAAUAACAUCCUUACUCAUGGUUAGUCUGAAUUUAUCAACCUGCAUAAUCCCAGAAAUGAUGCUAUAAUUCCUGUAACACAUUCAGUUCCUAUCAGGGGGCUGGUGGGAACUUUCACAGCAAGGAAUUGCUGUUGAAACCUCCUGGGAUGCUGAGUGGCUAUUCUGCCUCCCUGGUUGGGGAAUUCAGGAAACAUAGACAUGAAUGGAAAUAUGAGGGGCAAGAAGCAGUGCUGCUCCUCACACAAGCACCUUACCUACCCAGGAAGCUUUAUUGAGCUGCGCUAGGAAGAGCAGAUGUUUGGGCAAAGGUUUAUUUUUAUAUCCCACUAAACAGAUUCUGUCAAGCCACAAUUAUUAGAGUUCUUUGUCUCCACCUCCCCUAAUUAUAUUGUUUAUAUAUAUAAUAUAUAUAUAUAUAUUUCUUUUACUCCUACCAAAUUGCAUAAAGGGAGAUUCUCCUGCAUUCUGACUUGCAAUAAAGCACUUUAUUUAAAAUGUAUGUGUCGUUACCGCUAUUGUUCAGUUGUAUAUUGCUGGGUGGGUUAGUUACAUUUUAAACAGAAAUGGUGUUGAAUGCUGCGUAGUUUGGGUCCCUGUUCGUAGCUGGAUUGUAAGGAGCCAGACAAAUGUGCUGACUUUCUUCUCUCUCUAUUGUUUGUGUUUGAUAGGGACGGGCGAACCUCAAAUAGCUCAGAGCCAAGAUACAACCACAUGGUUCAGAUGCUGCUGUGCACCUUGCAGGCUGCAAAUUCCAGGUGCUCACCCUCUCCUGGAGGAAGCCCACAGCAGCCUUUCCUGUGGCAUUUUUGGCACUCCUGUGCCCAGCAGAAACGGGAGAGAAGAAGGGGGUAUAGAAGCCAGGAUGCCUUUAGUUGCUUUCCAAAUACGACUGGAAUUUUCAAAACUCAAAGGCUUGUGGGGCAGGGGAGGAAGGAUCAAGGCAGGUUUUCCUUUGAGCCGGUUCGUCCAUCCCUAGCAUGGUAAUGUUUGGUCUCUCCCUUGUACAGUAUUUAUUGUUUGUGGUGGUCGCAGUCGCUUAAGAAACGGGAAAGUAAUGCUGGUGAAUGGGGCUGCUCUGUGGAGCUGUGUUGUGUAUCUGAACUGAGCGCAGAGGCUUUACCGAAAGAGAAGAGAUAGUGCAGACGUCUCUUACCAAUAAAAUGUAUUGUUAUUACACGG